GUCCCAUCUAUCUACCCUUAACUUCGACCUCGAUCAAAAUGGGAGCUACACCCACCAUCCGUCAGUUCCCCCUGGGCCCAAAGCUAGAGCCCAACGGAGAAACGAACGAAGAUUCGCUCGCCUCAGAUCCCCCUCAGUUUCCCGAGAAAUGCUCCGAUCGCCUUCAAUUCGUUUUCGGAAUGGGAGCUACACCUCCUGUUGUCCAUCAGUCCGACCUGGAUCCGAAACCAGAACCCGGCGAAGAAAAAGACGAGGACUCCUUCGCCUCAGAUGGCACUUGGUUUCCUGAACAUUACCCCAGACGUCCACAAUCCGCCUUCGGAUACCCCCUCCCGCCUCUUCCGUGCCCUAGACCUGCGCCAAACCCAGCUCUCGCCUUCCUGUGCCCCAAGGGCGCCCCCCCGCCAGCGAACGUGGGCGAACAUGUAAUCUUCCUUCUCGUCAGGCAUCCUGGCCUCUCCAUCUACAUGAAUCUCUUCCCUCAGUUCGGCCCCGUCGAAUUAUAUCGCUGGAUUAAGAGUUACGCCUUGAACCCGGACCUCGACUACGCCUAUAGACGCACCUUAGCGAGUGUGUUCUUCCGAGGUUUGCACGAGCCCGAGGUUGCGCGCUUGUUGCUAACGGCUUCGCGUUGUAAAUCCACGGCUCAGCAAGACGAUAGACUGAAGGCAGUGAUUGAGGAGCAGAAAGAGAAGCGGGCUAGAGGAGAUGGGGAGGAGAUGAGGGUUGCGCGGGCGUGGGAACGUCAUAUGUCCUUUAUAGGGGCCUAUAAUGAGUUGUAUGGGACACGAGCGAAUGGAGAAGAGAGCUAGAUAAUAGUUGGCGAUCAGCAGGAGAAAGAGGUG